CGGCAACAAAAUUAAAACCCAGAGAGAUUUUCUUUGGUAUAAAAGAUGGUGAAGAACGCCCACUUGAUAUGGAUCAAAUUUUGGCAAAUAGAAACAAGAUAUACGAUGACGUUGUCAUGCAAUUGGAACGAACCCAGAAAAAGGAUCUAGAUCAACACAAUCAAAAUAGAGAAGAGGAACCUGAAUUGCAGGAGAACGAGAAAGUGUUCCACAAAGUGCAAGGAAUCAAAUGUAAAACCAAGAAAAAAUUUGACGCGGUUCAAGUUAUCCAGAAUAGAAAUAAAACAUUCAUAGAUAACUCGAAUCGCAAAUUACAUAAAAAUAAUUUAAAAAGACUUCGUAAAUAACGCUUACUAUUUCUAUUUUUAGGAAAACCAUGCUGAUCUUAACCAUCCUAAUUCCACUGUCCAUUAUGAAGACCACGCAGACGCAGACUAUACAAAUACAGGACCUUUCGAACAACCCAGGACUACUGACGAUAAAAACAGGACAAAGCCUCAUCAUCAAUAGUUACGACAGACUAUACCACGAAGUCGACCUUACCCAAUACGAACCUUCCAGCUUCAACCAACUACUCUUAGAGCCAGUACCUAUCAACGGUAGAACGAUGAAGAUACCUACAACAUCAGCACUAUUCGGAAUAAACUCAACGUUUUUCAUCAAAAUGGAUUGUCGAGCAAUCGAAACAAACACUUUAUGCAACCGGAACGACCUCAUGGAUGUUUCCACAGAUAACUGCUUUUCAAAAAUUCUAAGAGGAUACCCAGGUAAAUGCCCUUUCACCGAACACUCCAAUACAACAGUAGUCAAAAGACUCACCGAAAACCACAUCAUCAUCAAGAACACAUCAUCUAUUGAAAUGGGUACAAACUGCAAUUUAUCCAACAGAACACUGAAGGGAACAAUACUGAUAUAUUUUUCAAACUGUACAAUAACACUGAAUAACAAGACUUACAGUAACUUGGAACUGUACAGCAAACCUCAUCAACACAUCAUCCCACUCGACGGAGUUCAGAUAGAACACAAAAUCGAACACGAUAUUUCCAUGCACAAGCUACAUGAGUUGCAUAUCCAUAAUCGUCAGAAACUUCCUGACUUAGAAAACGAGAAUAUCAAAUACACCUACACCAGUGUAGGCCUUUCAACUUUUAGUAUCCUUUCAGUGCUCCUUGUUACCUCAUACAUCAUUAUCAGGAGACGUUCAACAACCAUUCCAAUAAUCGUAUCGGGACGAUACGAUCUUAAAGGGGAGCAGUUACCAACCAACCCACCACGUCACAUCAAGUUGGCAACGAUAAAACACCAAACAUCCUACAAACACUAUUUGGCCCGAAUCAUCAAAAGCAUCAACCCCAACAACCACGUGAGCGACCGGCAAACGCAUAACAGCCUACAGCACAUUUACCUUUUGACGAUAAACUGCGGCAUCAACAAAAUAACAUCCGGACAACGACGACAACAGUGA